AUGGCAACAAUGCAGCCAGCAGCUCCACUCCAGUUCCCAAACAUCAUGUCACCGAGUGGACCGUGCCUCCCUCAGCCCCAGACAACCUCUAUUCAUCAAGAGAAAGUGGCCCAGCCAUAUCCUCAGACUCAGUGUGAUUCCUGUGCACCCAAUGAUCCAGCAGCACCACCGUCACGGCAGGUGCCCCGCCUGCGGGCUGUGGUGGAGAGCCAGGCCUUCAAGAACAUCCUGGUGGAUGAAAUGGACAUGAUGGUCUCCCGGGCAGCCACGGUCAUCCAAGCCAACUGGAAGGGCUACCGGCUGCGGCAGAAGCUUAUCUCACAGAUGACAGCAGCCAAGGCCAUCCAGGAGGCCUGGCGUCGCUUCAGCACUCGCAGGCUGAUGCGCUCCAACAAGCUGACUGUAAAGAAAGUUAAGAGGGAGGAGGAGGGUGACAUCCCCUACCAUCCCCCACAGCAGGUUCGCUUUCAUGCCCCAGAGGACCAACUGCCAAUCAUGGUGAGCAAAGAGACUCAGUUCCCAUCCUCCGACAACCUAGUCCCUUUUCACACCACAGCAGCCCCAGGUCCCUGUGCCAGCAGAGUCCAUAGGGGUAGCCUCCUGCCACAGCAGUCUGUGGCUGGCAGACUCACAGGUCCCAAGAUUCAGCCCUGCAUGUUGACCAAGACUGUCAGGGAGUCCUGUCUCAUCAGACACUUGGAAGGUGACAGCGUGAAGAGCAAGAAUGUGGCUUCCAAGACCAUCAAAUCAGGGGUCCCAGAGUCAGCAGCAUUGGGGAGAUAUGGCCAGGCCAUCCAUGGAUCCCUGAAGACCCAGGUCCACACUGAAGCAGAUAUCCCCAAGGCCCCACCGCAUAUGUAUCCAGUCAACAAGAGCCCUGCUAAGGUGUGUCCAGCAGCUUCUGCCCCUAAGCCCCCAGCCACAGUGACCACAGCUCCGAAAAGCACACUGCAGACGUGUCCCACGUCCCCAGUGACAGUCAUGAAGAUGCAAUCACCAACCUGCCCAGCUUCUCUGGUGACCAGGCCCCUGGCUCAUGUGCGGCCCAAUCAUUCAUCCUCUAGCACCACACCACAGGUGCGAUCUGUGGCCCCCAUGGCCAGAGCACAGCCCCCAGGGUAUGCUGUGACCUCCACAACCAAGGCUUCACCUUUACCACGCCCAGGGGUUCCAGUCAGUAAGGGCCCUCUACAGACUGGCUACGGUCCCAUGAUGGCAAAGACUUCACCCCAGAUGCGUCCAGUGACCAGAAAUCAAGUUCAGACAUGUACAGCACCUACUUCAUCCAAAACCUUCUCCCAGUCAAGCCCCACAGUCAAGCCCUCACCUCAGACUCGCCUGGCAGCUAUGAUAACCAAAACCCCAGCUCAGAUACGCUCUGUGGCUGCUGUGCUCAGGACUCUGUGUCUGGUCCCUACAGUGUCAGUCUCAAGUCCCAGGAGUUCACCCCAAACUCAGGCGGUUGCUAGCAUUCCCAAUACCCCAUCCCAGGUCCACCUGAACAGCCCAAAGACCAAGGUCACCGUGAGCACCAAGCACACCACCGCAGUGAUCAAGGUGGCCUCUCAAUCCUACUUGGCCGAGGGGAAGGGCAGGUGUGGACCCCAUGGACAUCCAGACACUGUGAUUCCUAAACCCCCAGCCAAGUCUCCAUUGGAAGGAGAAAAGAUGAAGCCUGGGCCCCCAAGGGCCACCAAGAAGGAAGUAGCUCCCAAAACUACUGCGGCCAUUGUAACCAGGGCUCUAUCUUGGACAAAAGUGACUGAAGACAGGAGUAAGCCCUUGACUCAGAUCCAGCAGAGGGCAGAAGUUGUGAAGGUUCACUCCAGGGUGUACAUGCCUGAAGAGGUGAUAGUGUCCCUGUCCCAGGCCCAGCUGGCUGUCCCCCUGACCCAGGCCUCCUCCCCAGCCCGGCCACCCCCCGGCCACCCCCGACCCCCGCCACCCUCACCCCUCUCUAAAUCGCUGUUGCAGUCUCACACAUCAUCCAGGCUGGUCACCGGCCUAUCCGAGGGACGACGUCCACCUGUAGGUUCCUCUGCCACCCUGCCCUCCUCACCACUGGCUGCACACCUGAUGUCACUCACAUCCCAGCUCCAACCUGCUGGUGAACAAACCAGGUCUGUGCCUCAAGCUCAUCUUGCCACGCCAUGUCCAGCCACAACCUCCUCACAGGCACGCUCCCUGGGGAUGACCUUCGUCCCUCCUGAAGGAUACCCGAACAUGUGUCCCUUCACCUCCAGUUCCCAGCACCACACGGCUUCUCACCUGAUGAAAAGCUCACUGCAGUUGCGUCCACCUGCUGAACAUACAAAGACCACGAACACUAAAACCACCAAGGUCACGAGCCAGGUCUGUUCACCCACUAAACUCAGCAAGGCUCCAUCCCUGGCCCAGCUCAUCACGUGUCUGGCCAAGGCUCCAUCACAGGCCCAGCUGGCGCCCGAAACGGCCAAGUGCCUCUUGACUGCUCACCUUGCCACUGACCUCAGUAGCAAGACCCAGUCGCAGCCACUCCUGAGCACACCCAAGGCGUCUGUCCAGUUCUGGCAACAUUUUGGGACAUUUAAUACUGGACCCCGUGCCAAGCCAGAUGACAGAAGUGUGACCCAGCCCCAGCUCCAUAGCCAUGCACAAAACAAGGCCACGCAGAACCCACGCUCAAUGGCCACAGAUACCCAAAGCAUGCUGGUACCCCUACUGACUCCCUCUGGACACUCUGUGUGCAAUACAGAAUCCUGGGGUGACAUUGGACGGGCGCGAACCCCACCUCCUCCCCCUAUGCCAAGCCAGGCAGUGUCCUGCCAUGAAGACCUCGCGGCAUCCAUUGCAUCCCUGUGUGCAGACCUGGUGACCAUGCUGGGCUCCCCUGAGGAGCUGCGGACACUCCUGGCCAAGACACUUUCUCAAGGGGAAGUAAGGACAGCGCUCAGCCAGGCUCUGUCCCGGGAAGUCUUGGGCCCCUCUGUGGUCAAGGCCCUGCCUCAAGGCAUGCUGGGAAUGGCAUUGAUGAAGGCACUGUCAUGGGGUGAGCUGGGCAUCUACCUGUCCCGAGCCCUGUCCCGUGGUGAGCUGCGUCCAGAACUCAGCAAGGCCACACAGGGCAAGCUGGCUGAGGUCCUGUGCAAGGCCUUGACAGAAGAUGAGAGGGCCACGCUCAGCCAGGCGCUGUGCCAGGGAGAGCUGGGUGCUGUUUUCACUCAGUCCUUGGCCCAGAUGGCCCAGAGGACAGGCGCCUUCCUCCCCAAAGCCACCUCGAAAACGGUGGGAAGCCGGAUGACCACGGCGCCUACCCCAAUGGAGGUGACUUGCAGCGGGAGCCUGUCGCUGGCAUGGGGACCUGCACUGGGCCCCGUAAGAGCACGGUGUAGCAAGGGCCCUGUGGAUGCCGGCCUGGCUGCUGGCCAGUCAAGGAAUUCCAAAGUCCCCAACGUAUCGGUCAGAGCCACAGCACGUACUGGGGCAUCCCAAGCCACAUGGCGUCCUAGCAGAGGCCACAGGCCAUGGGACCCAUCCGGGGCAGAGGCAGCGCUGGACCACAAGCCCUCAGCUGAGUUGCUGGUAUCAGUGCGCGCCAUGGAGAAGGUUGUCGUUCAGGCUGUCAUCACCAUCCAGGCAUGUGCACGUGGUUAUUUUGUGCGCCGCACAGUGAAGGUGUGGCAUCAGUGGGCCACCAUCAUCCAAGCUACAUGGCGUGGCUACCGUGUGCGACGGAACCUGGCAAGGCUUCUCAGGGCCACCACCGUCAUCCAGGCUGCUUGGCGCGGCUACUGCAUUCGCCGGGACAGGGCCCACCAGCUUUUGCUCCCUACCACAUGGCGGGAGCACAGUGGCAGAGCCCAGGGAAGCUCUGACACCAGGAACACCUCUGAGCAUCGCUGCUUCCUGUCCUGUCAGCCUGAUGUCUGCAGUGUCUGCCAGUCCUUGGGUCCCCGGGUAGAGAGUCCUCCCAGUGUCGUGAUGCUUGUGGGGUCCCAGCCACGCACCUGCCAUGUGUGUGGCCACACACUGUCUACUCGGGUGGUACAAGGCUUUGGCCAGGGUGUCUCAAGCCAGUCUGGUUCUCGUUGGGCUUCAUCAUCCCAGCACUGUGCCCUGCUCAGCCAGCAGCACAGAGCAGCCACCCUCAUCCAGGCAGCCUGGAAAGGCUACAGGAUCCGCCGCCAGCUCAGCCAGCAGCAGUCUGCUGCCAAGAUGGUCCAGGCCACAUGGAGGGGACAUUAUACCCGAAGCUGCCUCACCACAGAUGUUCUGUUGGGAACAAGAAGCCCGUGGAACAUCUCCAGGGACACUUCACGCCGUUCUUCAAGGGCUUACUCUUUACACUGGCCUGGUGUCUAG